UGCAUYGCAUGGAUCGAGACCAUGAAUUCAGUAAUAUUCUUCUGCCACUUCAUUGUACUUCUCGAUCUGUCUCUAUACCAUGGCAUGGAAUAAAACAGAAUAGAAAACAAACCCAUUGGUCAGCCGAUCCAAAACCUACCGAUCGAUUCAGAACGAGACCUGCAUCGGAUGCACGAAUCCGCCCCCCGAAACUCAACACCGUAUUGUAGCGAUAGAAUAGAAUAGAAUAGAAGAAGACGAUGGCAAAACAAAAACCAGGGGGCAAGCGACCCGCGGCAGGCGCCAAGGGCAGCGAGCGCGGUUCCACUCGCGGAAAGCCACCGACCAAGCGCCGCAAGCGGAUCGCCGCAAAGCAAUCCCCCGCGUUUCCCUCCGGGUUUGCACAGCAGCGGUAUUAUUUCGACGACCGGGCUCUUGACCKCUGCAAUCUGCGGAUCGCUCGAAGCACCGGCAGCCACAAGGCGUGCUCCCCUGUUCGUCAACAGGCCGCACCCUUUGCUCCCCCGGAGCACGAUUCCGGUCCCACCAACAUCGCGGUUGGGCCGCUGUCCCGGAAGGAAACCAAACUGUGGUCGUCCCCGCUGGGGGCCGCCUAUGCUUCGAAGGGGAGCGUUCCGGGACACCUCGGCCGCAAGCUCGGGAGGAUCACGCGGAUUCUCUGGCUUCCCGGGGAACACACACGGUGGGGUGCGGGUGCGGGUGCGGGUGCGAAACACGAUUUCGUCCGCGACACGGACCGGACACACACGUGGAAUUCCACCAAGUUGGCGGCAGCUCCAACCAUGGCCACGGCAAGAAAGGAGGCGAGGCGUGAACUGCUCGAGGGCCAUUCCAUACAACCAAACCACCACGACAGCCAGUCCAUCGAGCAGCGGUCCAGAGCGAUCGUUCGGGACUGGAAGGAAAGCCUGCAGCAGAGCGGGGUCCUUUCUCCCAACUGGAACCGACUCGGCUUCCUUCCCAGGCUUCCUAUUCGAAAGGAGGACGUGGGGGAGGAUCCUUGUUCCAAUCCACGAGCAAACAGCCACAACCAUUGCCGGACCGAUUCCAUAACUGCCAUUCGAGAAAYGCUGGAGCAUCCCAGCUGCCUUUGGAGGGACGAUCCCCGGUUUGCCAACGAGGGUGCCUUCCAGAAACUCUACCACCUCCGAAUCCCUGUCGAUACCCCCAGCGUGCUGAGAGCCCUCGAGGCACUGGCCAAGCCCGACCGUCUCUUGUACAAUCUUCCGCUGGUGGUGGCGGUCCCGGUGCUAGAGCCGCUCCUGGAUUACCACGGUGGGGAAGUCAUCGAUCGAGYCGGUGUCGGCAACCCCGAAUACUCGAACAGGAGCCCCUGGAAACUUACAAUUGCUAUGUACGCCCACCGCCUCCUCUUUGAGUGCAUGACAACAGGUGCUCUACAGACGGUCAUGGCCGCCCUAGACAGUGAAGAAUCUGCUGCCAGCGAAAACACUUUUUUGGGGUUCCACUCAAUCCUGCGGCCUAUGGAGAAAUCUCCGGCUGUUGGACCAAUUGUCUUUGGGAAAGACCCCAACACCAAGGUGGAAAUCAUUGCCGACCAGGAACACGACUCGUACGAAACGGGAGACGAAUCCUCCGUUGUCGAUCUCGAGGACGGGAACCAGGGCCGGACAAGAACCAACGACACCCUGGACGCAUUUUCGACGGAAGGGUUUUUGAAGCUCAUCGAAAACCAGGGGGUAGCCGGAGCCGAUGGCGAGGACGGCGUGUACCAGACAACAAUCGAGCCAGUUUUGUAUGGGGGAAGCAAGAACGGUAACAACAACAACAAUGGCGAUCCCCUGCUCCGUGUAUCCUUGCUUCCCCACCAGGUCCACGGAGUGUCUUGGAUGUACCAGAUGGAGCACCUCGGUGUGGAGGAGGAAACCCAUGCAAUCGGCAUGAAUCGCGAUUCGGAGACAACCAAGCUCACGAAAGCCACAAGCCAGGGCCACAAUCCGUCUCUGGGACUGAACGGACUGCUGUGGGAGCGGCGCAGAUUCCAAGAGGGCGAUGUCUUUUACUAUUCACCGGCUCUGGGGCAGGCGCGGUUGACCCUUGGAAGCAGCCCUAGCUCUGGCACACGGAGUGCAGCCCCAGCUGAUACCGCGGCUUGGAGGCAACACAGGAGCCCGCGGGGUGGGAUACUCGCGGACGAAAUGGGGCUCGGGAAAACCGUCCAAGCGGUGGCACUGGUGCUCGCCACCCUGGSGGAACUGAAACGGGAAAAAGAAAUGCUGGAAGCAAGGGAAGCAGUACUAUGUACCGGUGACACCAAGAAUGGCCAUCGCAUUCUUGUUCACUCCCACGCCACACUGAUCAUUGUUCCGCCGGCCCUGGUCGGUCAGUGGCGGAACGAAAUCCAUAAAAUAGCGGGAUCCAAUMUCAGGGUGCAGUUUCUGGACCACAAGGAAGCUCCAAUCGAUGAUACCGACASUGGCCAACAACUAGAACUCGAUCUUGCUGCGGACGUUGUUCUUACGACCUACCAGUCUCUAGAAGGUGGAAAGAAGAGAAAGUCAUCWAGGAAGGCAAACCAAGUUUCUGAAGUCCUAUCGUCGACGGCCUGGGGACGAAUCAUCCUGGACGAGAUGCAAGAAAUCCGGUCGUGGAACACMGUGGCAAGCAAGCAGUGCCAGCAACUCAUGAGCGAUCGGCGAUGGAUGCUUUCGGGAACCCCGCUCUGGGAGGGCAUCGAAGAUUUCAAGGGGGAGCUCUGCUUUUUGGGCCUCGAACCAUUUGCAGCCAGCAACGAGGAUGGGUUUUUCGACUUUGCCAUUGGAAACCACUGGGAAGCCCGUAGCAAGCACGGUCUUSAAAUCCUGAGGAUUCUCGCGCUGAUAGUCCUGCGGAGGACCAAGUCCAUGACCAUCCUGGAGAGUGGGCUUCCUCUGCUUGGCCUCAAGAACCUGACUCUGGAAUUUGAACCCGUCCCCCAGGAUCCCCCCGAGCGGGCCCUGUAUUGCUUCCUAGAAUCGGUGAUGCAUACGACUCUGGCCCGCAGCGCUAGAGAUGYGGCCAGAGAGGCCGCAGGUGAGCGAGUGGCUUCUGCAAUGCAAAAGAAGCGGAUGAGCCACCGAAGCCUGUUUCUCCGUCUCCUGAGACAACUCUGUGUGUCUCCCUACCUCCUCAAUGGUGGCCUCGACUGCACGUCACAGCUCAAGGAUCUGAACCGCCUCAUGAAAGAGUACAAUAGAAAACGACUCGAGGACGGAACCCUGCUUGCCCUGGAACCAAAGAAAACAUCUGGCAAAACUGCACAACACGAGGGGUUGCACCGAUUGUAUUCCUGCGACGAGGCCGUUCAGUUUCUAUCCCAGGUGGAGGAUGCGGCCCGGACCGAUUCCGAUUUUGUUACCGACCAGCGCGUCGGAGGCGGGGCCGGGAUCAGCCGGCGGAACCGGGCCCUCCUGAUCGAUCCGCGGGAAAAACUCGAGGCCUCCAAGGAACAGAUUGCCCGAUCCACCGAGAUCUGCCGGGCCGCGAGAUCGAGCCGGGCCCGUGCGCGCUGGCACUGGGCGCUAGAGGGGGUGACCACGGGUCGAGCCCUAGAAUUUUGUCAGCACAAAGCCGUCCUCUCGCCAUCGAUGGUUUCGGUUUGGACGUGGCGGAGAAACAACUGUGCGACAAACACACCGCGUCGCAAAGCAGGCGGUGGCACGGCAACAAUGGCCUCUCUGUGCAGGGGCUUUCGGCCAACCCCAAAGUUUUUCUGUCGUGUUCCACCGAGCAUCGACUCCGACGGAGGGAGGGAACGCACCAGCAAUGGUAGGAACGUUGGUAAUAGUACUGGUAAAGGCCGAAGCAAGCCGCAGAAAGAGCGAGAGGAAAAACUCUCCUUCAUAUAUGAGAGUCACCCUGAAUUUCGUUGGGCCCAUCCUUUCUCGUUUAUCUUUUCCCACAUUCCGAUCCAAGUUUCCAUGGAUCAGCUACAGAAAUGCAUCGAGGAUAUUCUGGCACCACCUGCGACAUCCUUCGCAGCGGCAGCGGCAACAGCAUCCAAGCAAGCCCCGAUCGCAAUUUUUCGGCUUCGAGAAUCGAAGGAUACCCAAACAUGGGAGGCAAUCGUACACUUUCCAAAUAGAAAAAAAUUUGAAUGGUUCGAAAACCUUUCCAAGCGCGUCAACGGAACAAGGCUGCCCCGAAUUCAGGCCGUAGUGAUCCCCUGCAUCGAGGAGGMGAUUGCGACCACCAAGAAAAAAGUCGAAGACGCAGAAGCGAUGAGAAUCGUCCACCCUUCCACCCAGAACGAGCGAAAUCUAACCAAAGCCAAGGCGGCUCAUGAACGGGCCAAAAUGGGGUUAUGUGUCAUGGCUAGGGAACACCACCGGACGGGACACAUUUUGUGCUCGCGUGCCUUUGGAACGWUUCGGGGUGCUGGUCCCAAGUCGUGUGCCUCCCUGGAAAAUGCCGUUGCUGCUCAGAUCGAGGCUUCCACUGCCGAUCUUGCCGAGCACACAUCCAUUAUACACCGGGAAACGAAAACAAUACAAUCGAUAGAAGGCAAGAUCGCAAUGAAUACUAACAGAACAACAGUCGUAAACCUAAACACGUUUGAGGUUCUUCAGGCUCUGAAGAAAGGAGAUACAGAGAAGACCAACUGCCCGAUCUGUUACGACRYUCUAGGAAAUGGCGAUGGCAGCCAUGGGAAAGUUUAUCUAACGAGGUGUGGCCACUUGAGCUGUAAAUGUUGCCUGAACCAUUGGAUCAACCAAAAAGAAAGGCAGGGGUCCACGAUUUCCUGUAUUGAGUGCCGGAAACGAAUCACUCGCAACCAAUUGAUUUGCGUCGAUCCGAAAAAAGUUGAUCAGGACCACUUGAUGGAUAGCAAGCAAAAGGCACGAGCACUGGUAAAACAGGCAGCGAAGAUGCUAGAAGAAAACUUUGGGAAGCUCAAACCGCAUUUGUGGGAAGCUCUGUACCUGGUAAUCGAUCUCCCUCCCGGCAUUGACCAGGACCUCGACGAAUCCUUUACCGCCAUACCAGGUUUGUUUCUGGCUCACUUGCGGCAUUUCCUCCGGGGCUCGAUGCCACUGGGGGCUCCCCCAAAUUUUCCUGCUGGUGCCGUGUCCAAAGGGAGCAACGAGUGCAACCUUUCCAGCAAGUUCCGUGCACUGCUGUCCGAUUUGCCAAGAAACGAACUGAGUGUGGUGUUCGCUUCCUCCAAGUCCAUCGUGCUGCACCUCAAACGCGUCCUCGAGACGAAGGGUUUCACAAGCAAAACCUUGUUUGUCGGCCAGUCGGAAGAACAAAGCGAGUGCGCCAUUUCGGACUGGGAAGACUCGAACGGGUCCAAAAACCCGAUGGUCCUAAUCGUUCAGGCCGGGGCGGCUGCCUGUGGAUUGACGCUAACCGCUGCCUCGAAGAUGUUCAUCWUGGAACCCUUUCGCAAGCACGAGGAAGAGAAACAGGCCUAUGCCAGGCUCCACAGGUAUGGCCAAACAAGAGAAGUGCACUGCAAGGUCUACUACACCCCGGUGUCGGUCGAAUCCCGCCUGCUCGAAUGGCGGCGGAGGGCCACGGCCCACUCUCCGGAGGAGGAAAAGACCGUCUAUGCACCAUUGAGGCAGAACGACGAAUGCAAAGACGAAGACGAUGGCACAGAUGGCAAAAGCACGGACCAAUCCCAAUCGAACGAACGUUCCGCCGACCCCGAGGAGAACGCCAGUGGAAUAGAGGACGAAAACCAAAUCCGGUUUCUGCUGGGCAUCGAUCCGCCACUGGCAACAACCACAAGUACAAGCACUGUGGAAUCGACCACUCUGGCGACGACAGCAGAAAGCAGCAGCAGCACAAACAGCUCGUCUUACUAGUCCUUGGACGGUGUCGCGACGRGAUGCGCAAAUCCCGAGAAAGGCACCCAAAAAAUCAAAACAACGACGGCCUCUCCCCUUCUCGCAGGACAGGACUAACGAUGUACAAGUAGAAACAAAGAAUAGAAUAGAACAGAACAGAAUAGAAAAUGCAAUUUUUU